UUAAUAAUCAAAAAAUUAAUUAUUUAAUCUAUUUAUUUAUGAGCUAUUAAAAAGAACUCGAAUUAUAUUCAUGUAAAAGUGAUUAGCAAAGUUAACAAAAACAAAAAGCUGAUUUGUUUUCCUAAUCAGAUUAAAAACAGUAAUUGAAUUCUUAGCCAAGAGUAGAAGCGAAUGGUGUGAAAUAAAAAAAUAUAUAAGAUUCUGAAGUAUGGGUUGAUGAAAUUGAAGAAACUGAUUGUAGAAAUCAACAAAAACAAGAUUAAAUUUUUAACAUAGAAGACAAUGUUGUAAUUUAAACUGAAUAAAAAUCCUCACCAACAAAUAAUCAAACUGAAUUAGCAAAAAAUAAUUUUCUUUCAUACAAAACUUCUCGAACGACUCACUUGGAGGAUAAUUAUUUUGAAGAAGAUCAAGAAGAAAAGGAAGAAGCCAACUUAAUCAAAUAUUCAGUAGAUAUUAAAAAUUUAAAAAGCUAUAAUAUGAUCUUUAGGAAGAGACAAUUUUUUGAGUUUUUCAUUUAUCAUUUCUUAUAUUUUAUUAUUCUUGGUCCUUUUACUGCCAUAAUAACUCGUUUAGGUGGAAAGUACUUAAGUAGAAAUCUUUAAUUCAUAGGUAGAUCAAGAUCUGUUUAUCUCUAACUUGUGAAUUAUUUGAUGAGUAUUGUUACUAUUUUGUUCUACUUCACUUUCACUCAUUCAACAAUAAACUAAGCGGUUUACUUUUCAACUUUAUUAGUGGUGGUAGUGUUUAGGUGUUUUCAGAUUUCUACCAAAUAUGCAACAUUUGACCCUUUAAAAAUUAAAAUUUAUAAAUAGAUUAAAAUAAAAAUUGAAGAUUUAAAGUAUGAUCUCUUUUUAUAAGAUUGGAGUUAGUAAACAGAAAAAAUUAUAUAUGAGCAGGUUUAUUACACUUAAAGGUUCUUUGACACUGAUCCUAACCUAUUUUUUAUAUAAUUAAUGGUAGAACCUUCAAAAAAAACAAGUGAUUAAAUUGAAAAUAGUAGAUUAAAAAUGGAAGAAUAAUUUAAUUUUAGGAAAACACAUAAAAAGCCUGAUCCAAUAGGGAUAUAAACAAACUAAUAAUGCUACGAUGGUUACACUAUUAUCCAUUUUCUGAUUAGCUUGUAUUAAAAAUCAUAUUCUUCAAAAAGAGUAGCUCUUAAAAAUUUAAUUUUACUACUAUCUGUGAUAAGAGGAUUACUUCCUUUAAUAUGUGCUUUGAUUAUAUCAUUUUCUUCUUCUGUUUUGGGAAUGUAUUGGAAUGAAAUUGCAAUAAAUAUUAUCCUUUCAUUAUAAGUCUAGACACUAUAUUCUGCUAUUUUUCUUCAAAUGAGCUUUGGCUUAUCAGAUCUCCAUAGAAAACUAACUAUCCUACAAGAAUUAUCUUAUAUGCUUAUUCCUAGAAAGAUAGGAGACACAAACAUAUCGAAGGUUUUACCGACUAUUAAUAUUUUAAAAAAAGAAAGUUUAAAAGGUUGGUCAAUUCUACGAAAAUCAAUUAUGGCAUAUGGUAAAUCCUAUUCACUUAGAGUUGAAAUUUUAAUAGCAGUGAUGGCAUUAUAUGCUUUUGCUUGCUUGCUGCUAAUAGUUUUAUCUUAUUUUAAAGUGAUGAAUAUUAAUAUAGUUAUUAUUGUUGAAAUAGGAUUUGAUUCAAUCCUCAUGAUUAUUAUUGUUUGCUUUGUGCUUUUUUGGGGAGCUAAUCUGAAUCAAACUUUUACAGAUUAAAUUACAAAUCUUUAUAAUAAUAAAAUCUACGUUCAAGAUCUUUUACUAGUUUAAGAUUCUUACAUCAACAAAGGAAAGAUUUCAAAUAAUUUUUUGUACAACAAAGGUUUGUAAAUAGCCAAAUAAAAUUUAGAGGAAAAUUAGAGUAUUAAGGAAUAUUUAUAAGAUCUUUUAGAGUACUAUUAAUAAAUUAUAGAUGAAGUGUAAUUUGAUUAGUAAAAUUAUCCUUUUAAAUUCUUAGGAAUAACAGUAACACCAAUAGUCCUUCAAAGUUUGCUUGUAGCAUUAGCUAGUAUAAUUUCAUCAGUGCUAUUCAAUUAUGCUAAUUAGUAUCUAAACUCUAAAAAUUCAUGAUAAUGUCUUUAAACAGUAAACACUAAAAAUGUAAAAACUACAGAGUUAAAGGAAGAGAAUAUAACAAUAAGGGAUUUCAAAUUCAGGUGUUAAACUGUUUUAAUUCCAUUAAUUCUUAGUGAAUUAUUUUCUUUUGAAAAUAAUAUUUUGGCAUUGGCAUAUUUUAAUAAUUAAGAAGCAAAAUUGUAAUAACCAUAAUUCAUUACAUUUAUUUAACAUUAACCAUAUAUUUUUCCAUCAGGUGUUUAUUAUGUUUAAUAGUAAGUAUACAUACUUGGGGUAAUAUCAAAUAUAUACUCUUGUGAAACCAAUUUAAAGGGACGUACAAGUAAUUUGUAGAUAUAUCAACAGGAUCAAAGUUGACUAUUCUAUGUUUUAAUUUAUCAGUAAUAUCUUAAUUAUUUGCAUACACUCCAUAUAUUUUGAGAUUAAAUAAGUU